AUGGAUGAUGGAUCGACUGAUUACAUCCGGGGGCAAUCUCGUCUCGCCGCAAUCCUUUUGCUCUCGAGGCGCCUCGGCAAUCCAUCAGGAGAGAAGCCAAUACCAACUACACUGAGCACGCUUCCACCUCAUCCACCCACCUCCCAUCUUUUUGCUGUUGCUCAUCUCCCUCGGGUCGCCCCUUUCCAUGCUUUGGGGGCCUACACCACCGAACACCUACAUGCAGGCGCCGUUGUCAUUGCCAUGAUAUUCAUGUCUUCCCCUCCCCCGCUUCAUCAAGGCCAGCCGCCGCCCGGAAGCGACUUCACGACCAAAGACGCGCAUACUCCCGGAAAAGAGAAGGCCAAGGAAAAUGACCCAAGAUUCGAUGCUGGCAACAAACACCAAGACCACUAUACCCGCCGAUUGCCAGCAUGGCGCAAUGCGAUGCGCAAAGCCAUGAUUCCCAUCGUGCGCUGGGAAACCCCCUACCUCGCAUACAUGCAGGAGAGAAUCCGCACUCCGACCCUUGAUUCCUACUUCGCCUAUACUGCAAACCUGGGCACCCACACCUUUUUCAUGGUCUUCCUACCCAUCCUGUUCUGGUGUGGAUAUACCAGCAUGGGCCGAGCAAUGGUUCACAUGCUGGCCGGCGGCGUUUUUGUGAGCGGCUUUUUGAAAGACAUGGUCUGUCUUCCCCGACCAUUGUCACCUCCGUUGGCCCGCAUCACAAUGUCUGGCUCCGUUGCCCUUGAGUACGGCUUCCCGUCGUCCCACUCUACCAACGCGGUCUCUGUCGUUGUUUACCUCGUCCAUAUCCUUCGUCAAUCCCGCGACGAAUAUAAUCCCACAGUCUACCUGGUUUUGCAAGGUCUGUGCUAUUUCUACGCCGUCUCCAUUAUAUUCGGAAGGCUCUACUGCGGCAUGCAUGGGUUCUUGGACGUCGUGGUUGGGAGCAUCCUAGGAGCAGUUAUAGGUGUAUUGCAGGUUAUCUAUGGCCAAAGCUUGGACGACUUCAUCUUCUCCCCAGAGUACACAAACAUGGCUAUAUUAGUCUUAAUUAUGCUGGUCCUGGUCCGGAUCCAUCCUGAGCCAGCAGAUGAUUGUCCAUGUUUCGACGACACUGUCUCCUUUCUUGCCGUGGUUAUCGGUAUUAAUGCCGGGGCCUGGCACUACCAUUUGAGUGGAUACGCCUGGGACGAACCAAUGCCAUCUACUGCCCCUUUCCAACUCGACACCAUAGGGCUUCCCACCAGUGCAGUUAGGAUCCUACUUGGGGUGGUGGUUAUUUUUCUGUGGCGUGCAGGCACCAAGUCCGCCUUGUUCAAACUUCUGCCUCCCAUCUUUAGAUCUCUGGAGCGAGCGAGCUUGAAUUUGCCCAGGGCCUUUUUCUUGAAUGCAUCCAAAUACACAAGCAUUCCGACACUGAGAGAUGAUGAUAACGUCAUCCCUCCUGCAUCCAAUCUGCCCAACAUGCUCAAAAAUCUUGCUCACCCACGCAAGCGAUCGGUGUCGGUUGGCCCUCAAUCUGCCGCUGAUGCUUACGAAACACUCGCCUAUCGCAAUAGGCGGCGAAGAGAAAGCAUCAAUUCCGCGGACGGCAUUGUGCCGGAAGUGGCUGAAAUUGACCACAGCGACACAACCCGAAGAUCUUCGGCUAGGUCCGAAGAGAGACCAUUAGGCGUUGGUCUUCUGCCCACCCCCAUUGCUUCUCGUGUCCAUUCUCAUGAGCAGAUGAUGGGAACCGGUAGCAGCACUACAAGACUGGUCUUUACUCCGCCAGACAGUGAAACGGACUUCGCCGGCGAAGCCGUACAGACACCUGCCGAAGCGGAAAAUGAGAAACGAGAACUCUUUAGGAAGCUCAUGAUACCUCGUGUCCGGUAUGAUGUUGAGGUAGUCACCAAGCUCAUUGUUUAUGCUGGUAUUGCAUGGCUUGCUGUCGAAGGCAAUCCCAUUUUGUUCGAGCUCGUUGGAUUGGGCAUGGGUGUCCGUCCCUAGUCUUGGUUGUCCUGUGAUUCUCUUUUUUGCCCUCCUGCAUCUGGCAUGAAUAGUAUUUUCUAAUUGGCUCUGAGUACGUUUUGAACGAUAUAGCAUCAUCUUGAAUGUAAUAGAUACCCUUUAAUGAAUCCUGUUUUCUUUCGUAAUC